AUGUCUCUCAAGAAAGAUUCCCACCCUUCCUCCGCCGCCUUCGACGCGAUCAACUCCGCCCUGCAGUCCGACGAGGCGGAGCGCAAGGACGCCAUCAGCAAGGCGAAGACUAUCGUCGUUUUCAACAUCAAGAACUCCAGCGGUGAGGAGCAGAGCUGGUACCUCGACCUGAAGGACAAGGGUGAGGUUGGCCAGGGCGCCACUCCCCCAGGAGGCAAGGCUGAUGUCACUCUCUCACUCUCCGACGAAGACUUCGCCUCUCUCGUCUCCGGCAAGGCCAACGCUCAGCGCCUGUUCAUGGGCGGCAAGCUGAAGAUCAAGGGCAACGUUAUGAAGGCUACCAAGAUGGAGCCCGUCCUCAAGAAGGCCCAGAGCAAGGCCAAGCUGUAA